AUGCCCAACAGCAGCUCCAUCAGCGAGUUCCUCCUGCUGGCGUUGGCAGACACGCGGCAGCUGCAGCUCCUGCACUUCUGGCUCUUGCUGGGCAUCUACCUGGCUGCCCUCCUGGGCAACGGCCUCAUCAGCACAGCCGUAGCCUGCCACCACCGCCUGCACAGCCCCAUGGACUUCUUCCUGCUCAACCUCGCCCUCCUCGACCUGGGCUGCAUCUCCACCACUCUCCCCCAAGCCAUGGCCAAUGCCCUCUGGGACACCAGGGACAUCUCCUAUGCAGGAUGUGCUGCACAGGUCUUUUUCUUUCUCUUCUUCAUCUCAGCAGAAUAUUUUAUUCUCACCAUCAUGUCCUAUGACCGCAAUGCUGCCAUCUGCAAGCCCCUGCACUACGGGACCUUGAUGGACAGCAGAGCUUGUGCCACCAUGGCAGCAGCUGCCUGGGGCACUGGGAUUCUCUAUUCCCUGCUGCACACUGCCAAUACAUUUUCACUGCCUUUCUGCCAAGGCAAUUCCAUCAAUCAGUUCUUCUGUGUAAUGGCCCAGAUCCUCAAGCUCUUCUGCUCACACUCCUAUCUCAAAGACCUUUGGGUUCUUGUGGUCAGUGCCUCUUUAGCAUCUGGGUGCUUUGCUUUCAUUCUUUUCUCCUAUGUGCAGAUCUUCAGGGCCGUGCUGAGGAUGCCCUUUGAUCAGAGACGGCACAAAGCCUUCUCCACGUGCCUCCCUCACCUGGCCGUGGUCUCCCCCUUCGUCAGCACUGGUACCUUUGCUUAUGUGAAGCCUCCUUCCCUAUCCUCCACAUCCCUGUACCUGGUGGUGUCAUUUCUGUACUCAGUGGUUCCUCCAACACUGAACCCUCUCAUCUACAGCAUAAGAAACAAGGAGCUCAUGUGUUCAGUUAGGAAAGUCAUUUCACAAAUGUUUCUGAAUUGUGUUAAGUUCACUCUCUUUUCUUACAGUCUCUAG